GCUCUUUACAGCUACUCACUGCACUGUUUCCAAGAGCGCAGCGCCGCACCAUGACACUCACUGGACAUAAGCAUUAAGGAUUUCCGUCUUCACAAAGUAAACUCGCCGCUCUAUUUUCCAAGAAAAAAGUUUGCCAAAAGUUUUCCACUUGUUUUCCAAGAUGCCACGCUCCUUUCUGGUCAAGAAACAUAUAAACUCAGCAAAGAAGCCAAAUUAUAGUGAGCUGGAGAGCCCAACAGUGUUCAUCACGCCGCACAUCUACAGGGGUCUUCCCCUGCCUGUCAUCCCCCAGCCGGAGAUCCUGAGCCCGGCAGCGUACAGCCCCAUCACAGUGUGGACUACCAGCAACUUGCCGCUGUCUCCGCUCCCCAGUGACCUCUCCCCCAUCUCUGGAUACCCCUCAUCGCUCUCAGACACAUCCUCUAAAGACCAUAGUGGCUCUGAAAGCCCGAGGAGUGAUGAAGACGAGCAAAUGCUGCCCAAACUGAUAGACCCUCACGGAGUGGACGCAGAGAAAUUCCAAUGUAGUUUGUGUAGCAAGUCCUACUCCACGUACUCUGGACUGCUCAAGCAUAAACAGCUGCACUGCGACGCCCAAACGAGGAAAUCCUUCAGUUGUAAAUACUGCGAGAAGGAGUAUGUGAGCCUGGGAGCUCUCAAAAUGCACAUCAGGACUCACACGUUGCCUUGUGUUUGCAAAAUAUGCGGGAAAGCUUUCUCCAGACCGUGGCUGCUCCAAGGACACAUCAGGACGCACACUGGAGAGAAGCCAUUCUCUUGCCCUCACUGCAACAGGGCGUUUGCAGACAGGUCCAAUCUCAGGGCUCACCUACAGACCCAUUCGGAUGUGAAAAAAUACCAAUGCAAGAACUGCUCCAAAACCUUCUCCAGGAUGUCUCUCUUGCACAAGCAUGAGGAAUCUGGUUGUUGUGUAGCACACUGAACUGGGAUACUUGUCCACUACCAGAGAAUAAAAAAAAACUCUGUUGCUUCUUUAUUUUUCCAGAAGAACUGUCAGGGAAUCACAUCGAAGGGGGUUUGUUCCCAAAUAUGCAGACUUUUUUCUUCUUCUAGGAACAGUCCAUUUCAUUUCAGAGUGAAAAAUAGCUCUGUGCUCUGUGCUUUGAGUUUCAAGCAGUGUUUCUGUGAUUGCGAUUGUGUCGAGCUUUUUUAUGCCAUGUACUCACCUACCUGUGCUAUUCAUGCACUUUCCUGCAUGUCUAGAAUGAUUUAUACGCCUUCACAAUGUUAUCUGCAGUGUUUUGUACAAAUGUCUCUCAAUGGCUGUUAUGCAGUCCUCCACUUUUCUUUAUACGCACCACACAAACAAUGCCAAAAGGCGCAUUAUGAAUGACAGUAUACAUAUAACUAGAGGAAUACUGAAGCCAUUGUUACUUAGGGAACAAGUGCAAACUUAUUUUUAGGGUGAAAUAUUAUAACGUUUUUGCACAUAGGAAACAGUUUGCCAGCACUCAAACCGCAAAAUACAUUUUCUCAAGUGCCUCAGUUUUAUUUGGCAAUAAUAUGUAUUAUUCAACAACAGUUUCCUGUUAUAUUUUUAUAUAUUGAAUGUAAGCGUGACUGAGAUGAUUGUAUAUUUACAGUAAAAACUGUGAUGCUGAAUGAUUUUGAUAUUUUCAUAUUUUCAUGACACUUUAAGAAAUAAAGUUUCAUGACAUUUUGUUAUAAUUUUUGGCAUCCUCCAAGUUGCUUUUCAUCUGUGAAGCCUUUGGUGUAUGAUUGGCUCUUUCAGCAGGACUCAGCAGCAUUCAGUGAUUGUUACCCGCUCUCAAUGGCAUAACUUGCACAAAAGAAAAUGACAUUUAAUACAGCUUGCACCAUCUCAUGUUAUGCUUAUGUAAAAAUGAGGAGAGAUGUGACUCUGCUCUGAAUCAGGCCUGAACCUGUUCCUUGUGAACCUGUCCAGACAUCAAACAAUCUUGAAAUUUAACACAUACUAGCUAUAUUGAUCUCCACUCACUUGUUAUACCCUUUGAGGGCCCAUGACUUUCUUUACCUAAGUGUGUGUAAGGUUUAAAUGCAAGAGUGUAGUUCUCUUUAGAAAGUAAUACUAAUAUCAUGUCAUCAAUAUAUGUAACAUGAGGAAAAGGUUUUUUUUUGUAAUCUUUUCAAUCAUAACAAUCAGUGCAGGGGCACAGGGAAUUCCAAUUUUAAUAUGUUUUCACAAAAAGCUCAAAUUUGCAUUUGCUUUGACAACCUCCUUGGAUUUCUGGGAUGCUUGCCAUCGAGGAUUAAAUAGACUUCCUCAGGCUACAUUUUAUUGUCUUUCACCAUAUUCUGUCUACUUUAGAGCACAAAAAGUGCAACGCCUGAAGGGAUACAGUCAAAGUUGAACUCUUUCUAACAAACCCCAGAGUGUGUUCCCAUUUGCCCUAAUGCCCAAAAGCUGCUGACCUGAAAGAUGUGAUCUGACAAAUAGACACUUGUUUUUCUCGCACCGAGGGGCUGAACUCCCCUGUAGGUAGACACUCUUCGCUGUGAGUCAUCAUCGAGCUAUUCCAGGUGCUCACAGCCGCACUGUGGGUCGGGCCAGGUGGCUCCAGGGCU